CGUUUGACUUUGACUUGCUUGACUUGAAACCAGAGGCGAGGUUUAGGGUUUGGGGAACAAGACCAGGAAGCUCCGACCACUGAUAAGACAGAAAACGUAUGCAGAUUAAAAUAAUGUGUGUUUUACAAACCUUAUUUCUCCCUUAGAAUUGAGUUUAGCUGCAGUUUUCCGUGUGAAUAUCUGCCUGUUGGUCCUCAUUAGGACUAUACUGUAUGGUGUGUGGCCGUACACACCCUAACUCCUGGAUAUGGCAGGUCUCAAGAUCCUGCUGCUCUGUGCUGGUAUCAUCGGUUUGACCAACUGCCAAACCACCAAUCCACAAGGAACAACAGCAGAUCAACCACAAGCUACAAAUAAAACAACAAUCUCACCUCCACGCACCACCCACAAUUCCCCUUUACCUUCAGUAACCAGCUUAUUUGUCACCACCUCAACUCCACGCACCAUGGCAACAACUAUUGUCAUGUCUUCUGACGCCCCUACAACUGCCCACAAACCUCCACUCACCCCGACAAACAGCACCUCAGACUCCUCAAUUCAAGCACCCAGCACAACUACCCUGUCUGCCACUCCUGCUCCUCCUGCAGGCUUCUCACCCUCACCCUCACCCUCACCCUCAUCCUCACCCUCACCCUCACCCUCAACCUCACCCUCACCCUCACCCUCAUCCUCAUCCUCAUCCACAUCCAAUCCAAGCGAGACAUUAGAAUCUCAGGCAAACACCACUCAAACCCAGACUUUACCUCCAAUCACCAUGUCCAUCACCACAGUGACUGCCACUAAAGCCGCCACACCAGCCCUUUUCCAGUGUUCUUACAGUGUCAGGGCCAUUGCAUAUGGCUUCCAGAUUAACUUGAUGAACUCUCCAAAUGGCAACUACAGAAUAAACAUUAAAGAAAAGGACAGUCCAGAGACUGAAAAGAUAUACUCGGUCCAUUCCACCAAUCAGAACUCCACAUCAAUCCACCACCUGAAGCCCUGUACUGAAUAUGAGCACAGUGUGACAUUUAUUGAUAGUCCUGACAACGGCACAUCCUGUAACAGCACUGAAAAUGAAACUCAGACACGUGAAAUAAGUAAAAGUGAAGUUAGAAAUGAAAGCUGCAUGCCUGGAUACGUUUGUUAUGGGAGUGAUUGGAACAUCAGCUCUUCACUAUUUCCAUCAAAAUAUAUUUCAGUUGAGAAAUGCCCAAAAAACAGUAAUGUGUUUUGUAUCAAACCUGGUUACAGUGACAUUUGCACAGAUUUGACUACAACCAUCACUUCAGGAAACUGUUCGGGUUCCUUUAAAGUCAGCAGCUACAUCACUCCUGAUUUCUUAGAUACUAGUGAACUAACUCAGACGUUUCCAAAGGAACUUCCUGUAAAAAUAGAUCAAAUAAAACCAUUACCUCCAAACUGCAACAAUCUCACCAUUAAUUACACCUGUCGGGAAAAAGGAAAACCCAAUGACUCCAAGGAUCUGUCUGAGCUGGAGCCCUUCACAGACUACACGUGUAUUGGUCAGAUCAAGGAUAACAACGUCACAAUUAAAAACACAACUGUUUUUGAGUUCAAGGUUGACUGUGAUCUUACAAUAAACAUAGAUAACAGUUCAACCAAUACCUCCAUUCAUCUGAACUGGACAACAACCAGUAAAAAUUGUCAAGAUGUUCAGAUGUUUACUCACAACUGCAGUUGUGGUACUCACUCAAAUCAGAAACCCAGUAAAUUAUUUACUGUUCAAGCUGAAAAACUACCAUCAGGAGGAAAAUGUGAUAUUACUGGACUAGAACCAUACAAAGACUAUACCUGUGAAGUUCAAUCAAUAUACAAAAAGGAAGUUCGUAAACGACAGCCAGUUACACAGAAGACUGCAAUUGGAAUACCAGACGACAUAACUUCACUGUCAGUGACCCUUCCAGAGAAUAACGUGAUAAGAGUAACCUGUAAUCCUAGCCAUAAUUUUAAUGGACCUGGGGAAAAAUUCAAAGCGCGUCUUCUUCGUGCUGGUGUCAAUCCGAUGGAGGCUGAUAGUAAAAAGUGCAAGUUUGAAUUCAAAGAUCUAAGCUACUCAACAGAAUACCAGCUGGAGGUGAGAGCUUCCAACGUACGAUCAGACGGCAAACCCUGGAAACAAUCUGUUACCACUUCCUAUAAUGACCAAGCUCUCAUUGGGUUUCUGGUCUUCCUCAUCAUCGCCGUGUCUGUGGCUCUGCUUUUGGUCGUCUACAAGAUUUACAUUCUGAAGCGCACAAAGUCGCAAGACCUGGGUGAAAACAUGAUGCUUAUCUCAACAGCAAAUGAUGAGGAGAACCUGUUGCCUGUCGAGCCAAUUGCAGCAGAGUUACUGCUGGAAGCCUACAAGAGGAAGCUCGCAGAUGAGGGAAGACUUUUCCUGCAUGAAUUUCAGAGCAUCCCCAGAAUCUUCUCAAGGUACAAUGUGAAAGAGGCCAAAAAGCCCUGCAAUGUCCCCAAGAACCGCUACGUGGACAUCCUGCCAUAUGAUCAUAACCGCGUCCAGCUGACCACCGGAAAUGGAGAGACAGGAUCUGAUUACAUCAAUGCCAGCUUCAUUGAUGGGUACAAGGAAUCCAAAAAGUACAUUGCAGCUCAAGGUCCGAAGGACGAGACUAUGAGUGACUUCUGGAGGAUGGUCUGGGAGCAGCAGUCAUCUAUCAUUGUGAUGGUAACACGCUGUGAAGAGGGAAAUAGGGUCAAGUGUGCGCAGUACUGGCCGUCUCCGGACCGGGAGACAGAGAUCUUUUCGGAGUUUAUAGUGAAGCUGAACUCAGAGGACCGCUGUCCAGAUUACACCAUCCGCCAUCUCAGCCUGACUAAUAAGAGGGAGAAGAACUCAGAGAGGGAGGUGACCCACAUCCAGUUCAUGAGUUGGCCGGACCACGGGGUCCCCGGGGAGCCACAUCUGCUCCUGAAACUAAGGCGGCGUGUCAAUGCUUUCAAAAAUUUCUUUAGCGGCCCCAUCGUCGUUCACUGCAGCGCGGGAGUCGGCAGGACAGGUACCUACAUUGGCAUCGAUGCCAUGAUGGAGGGUCUAGAGGCGGAGGGCAGAGUGGACAUCUACGGUUACGUAGUCCGACUACGCAGACAGAGGUGUCUCAUGGUUCAAGUAGAGGCCCAGUACAUCCUGAUUCACCAGGCGCUGCUGGAGCACAAUCAGUUUGGAGAGACUGAGUUUGGUGUAUCUGAGCUCCACAGCACACUGAGCACACUCAAACAGAAGAACCCGGGCAAUGAACCCACCUUAAUGCAGGAUGAGUUUGAGAGACUGCCAUCCUAUAAAAACUGGAGGACAUUCAACACAGGGAUCACAGAAGAGAACAAGAAGAAAAAUCGCUUUUCAUCUGUCAUCCCUUAUGACUACAACCGAGUGUUGCUGAAGGUAGAUGAAGGACGCAGUCAUGAUAGUGACCCUGAUGAGGAAGACGAGGACGAUUCAUCAGAUGAGGAAGAUGAGGACUUCAGUCAAUAUAUCAAUGCCUCCCACAUUGAUGGAUACUGGGGCCCACGCACCUUAAUCGCAGCACAGACUCCGCUGCCAGACACCAUGGCGGACUUCUGGUUGAUGGUUUACCAGAAGAAAGCAUCUACUAUUGUCAUGCUCUCAGACUGCAAAGAGGGAGAUCAGGAGUCUGACUGUAUCUACUGGGAUAAAGACAAGAAAACAUUUGGUGAUUUUGAGGUGGAGGUGGCAAGCACGGACAGCUCCCCAACUUUCAUUAGCCGCAACAUGCUGAUCCGUCAUGUCAAGAGGAAAGAGAGUCGGCCGGUGAAACAUUUCCAGUUCCUGAAGUGGGGGAGUGGCGAGCUUCCGCAGAAUCCUCAAGAUUUCACGGACAUGAUCAAGGACAUAAAACACAGUCGUAGCAGCAAAUCACAGAGGAGCAUGCCCAUCGUGGUCCACUGCAAUGAUGGCUCAUCCUGCUCAGGGAUUUUCUGUGCUCUGUGGAACCUGCUGGACAGCGCUGAGACUGAGAAGGUGGUGGAUGUUUUCCAGGUGGCAAAAACCUUACGCAAGGAAAGACAAGGGAUGCUUUCCCGCCUGGAGCAUUACCAGUUCUUGUACGACGCUCUGGAGGGAGUCUUCCCUUUCCAGAAUGGGGAAGUGAAAGCAGUACAGGCCUCUGCAGCUGACUCUGUCCAGGUUGUCAAUGAAACCAAAGCAGCAGAGCAACCAACAGAGGCUAAGGCUAAGCAGCCAGCCAGCAUUACCACCAAUGACCAGCAGGGGGCGACAGAGAGCGGUCAGCUUGUGGCUGAUGGAGGGAAGGAAGACAAAAAAGAUGAGCCCGAAAAAGUUUCCACAGAGACAACACCGCUUGAGGACACCAGCGACAGUACCACUGUCACUGUGGAGGUCUGAGAGGGGUGAUAGCUGGAAGGCUGUGCCUUUUACAUUUGGGAAUAAGCGCUUCAGUUGAAUGCUUUCUUUUAAUUACUUUAUGAAUGUAUGAACAUUGUUAAGACAGUGUUGUUUUGGUUGAGAUUUGUUAAAGAAUUUGAUCAAAUAUUUUAAUGGCAAUGUCCAAAAAUAUGAUUUAAAUUAAGUUAUAAAUAUUUUAAUAGAAAACGUGAAGAGUGCAAAAAUUAAGUUCUGUGAGCAAAGUUUACUAGAAACGCUGUCGUCAAACUAGGGGCCUUGGUAAGAGACAUCCCAGAACUACAUUUAAAAUAGUUGUUGUUUUAUAUCUCUCUAUAAAUUCAUGUUGAGUUGUAGUUAGUUUCUGCAUUUUUAGUCUCCCUAAAUAUGUAUAUAUAUAUAUAUAUAU